AAUAUCUCCCGGUGCGGAUGCACUCUGCCACAGUAAAAAGAGGCAAUUACGGUUUCACUUCUAAAAUAAAACAAUACAUGGGACAAUGCUGACGUAAUGCCUGAGUCAUCCAUGCUCUUUGACUUUGGUCGGCGCUGGCCCGCCCAUCAGACGUUGUGACAGCACAGGCCGUGUUUCCAGGUGCUGUUGCAGUGAAGAUGGACUUUAGUACUAGUUGUAAUGGCUUAUUGGCCUUCUGAAGCUAGCUAGCUGUGUCUCGGAGGUUUGUUUUUCCCUGUCAAAUCUCCGCGGAGAGGGAGCGAGAACUGGGCUAGCCUCACAAAGACCACAAAAAAUGCACCCUGACUCGGAAUUGAGAAUUUGAACUGCAUCGCUGGGAUAAAUCAUUUAUGUGGUCAUGGCUGGGCUGAUCAAGAAACAGAUCCUCAAACACCUCUCCAGGUUUGCUAAGAACCUGUCCCCAGACAAGAUCAACCUGAGCACACUGAAGGGCGAGGGCCAGCUCACAAACCUGGAGCUGGAUGAGGAGGUACUGCAGAGCAUGUUGGACCUGCCCACCUGGCUGGCCAUCAACAAAGUGGGCUGCAACAAGGCUGCCAUCCGGAUCCCAUGGACCAAGCUGAAGACCCACCCCAUCUCUCUGACCCUGGACAAGGUGGUAAUGGAGAUGAGCACCUGUGAUGAGCCCCGCCCUCCCAACGGCCCGUCUCCCAUAGCAACAGCCUCGGGGCAAAGUGAGUAUGGCUUUGCUGAGAAGGUGGUGGAGGGCAUCUCUCUGUCCAUCAACUCCAUCGUGGUGAAGAUCAGUGCCAAGGCGUUCAACGCCUCCUUUGAGUUGAGCCAGCUGCAGGUCUACUCUGUCAACACCAGCUGGAGCCUGUCAGACCUCCGCUUCACACGCAUACAGGACCCACACAGAGGAGAGAUCCUGACGUUUAAGGAGAUCAGCUGGCAGAUGAUCCGCAUUGAGGCGGACGCCAUCCAGAGUGCCCAGAACGAGAUGCUGAGUGCCCCCAUCCGCCUCAUCACCAACCAGUCCAAGAUCAGAGUCACCCUGAAGAGACGGUCCAAGGACUGUAACGUGGUGGCCUCUAAGCUGAUCCUGAUCCUAGAUGACCUGCUGUGGGUGCUGACUGACUCCCAGCUCAAAGCCAUGGUCCAGUACGCCAAGUCACUCAGCGAGGCCAUGGACAAGUCUGCUCAGCAGAGGAAGAGCAUGGCCACCGAGGACCAGGAAUCGUCGGCGCCCCCCUCAGCCCAGCAGGUGCGUAGCCAGCAGGUGCCGUCAGGCACAGCGGCUGACCAGAGCGCCACCAUGGCUAAUCUGUUCGCUGCCUUCGACGUGUGUGAGACCUCCCACCACCUGCAGAUCACACACCUCGACCUGCACAUCUGUGACGACAUACACGCCAAGGACAGAGUGAUCAAUAAGCGGAUAACUGGUGGGGCCAUGCAGCUCUCCUUCAGUCACAUUACCCUGGACUACUAUCCCUCCCACAGAGCAGGUGAGAGUUGUCUCCACUGGAUGCAGUACAGUGAGGCCACUAAGGCCAUGGAGGGCUGGGCCAGGAGUCUGCUGGAGGAGUUCAAGUCUAACGUGGAGAUGUUGAAGACCGCCAAGAGAGACCGGGAGGGCCCGGCCAACUCUCACUCCUCACCACAGCACGGUAAGAUCAGUACUAGUUCUACCAGUAUCCUCAGUUCUCCCCAGACCCCCAAGACGCAGCUCCUGUCCAGCUCCAUUGUCCUCAGGAUAGCUGACUUCAGCAUCUACCAGGUGUCCACAGCAGACCAGCGUCGCUCCAGCCCUAAGGCCAUGAUCUCCUGUAAUAAGAAGUCCCUGUACCUCCCUCCUGAGAUGCCUGCCAUCCACGUCGAGUUCACCGAAUACUACUUCCCUGACGGAAAAGACUACCCCAUCCCCUGCCCCAACCUGUAUGUGCAGCUGAAUGCGCUGCAGCUGGUGCUGGACCCCAGGAGCCUGGUGUGGUGCAACCUGUUUACGCUGGACCUGAGGCAGAGCCUGGAACAGUUCAUGGAGCUCUACAAGCUCAACGACGAGGAACAGAAGCCUGACGAGCACAUCGACAUCAGGGUGGACGGACUAAUGCUCAAGUUGGUAGUACCCACGGACAGGGACCCCUCCUAUCCCCAGGACCUCCCCCGCUCCGUCUCUGUCCAAUGCUCGGAGAUGGUGGCCACCAACACCCGCCACCCCCCCAACUGCUCCCGCUCCCACCUGGAAGCCCUACUCCUCUCCUUCCAAGAACAACAGUUCUUCUCCACCUCCUUUUCCUCCUUCCCUCGCUCCUCCACCUCCUUCCCGGUGAUCCACCCCGUUUUCCAACGCCACGCGCAUGAGCAGGACACUAUGUUGCACAAUGUGUAUAAAGGGUUGGUGUCGCCCUCGUUGGGCGUGGAUGCCCUAAAAAUGCCAGCUGCCACAGACUUGUGGGCGGUUCAUUUUGCCCAGUUCUGGGUGGACUACGAGGGGACGCGCGGCGGGAAGGGGCGGCCCCAGCCUUUUGUUGACGCCUUCCCCCUCACUCUGUGGGCGUGCCAGCCGGGCAGACACGCCCAGCACCAGGAGCGGCUAAUGGGCGGGGCUUCGAGAGGGCAGAGAACGCCCCUUGCUGCAGGCCUGGCCAAGAGCGAGCCUGUGGAUACCGUAGGACGUCUGCAGAGGAAGAGGCUUUUAAAGGAGUACUAUAGUACUGUUACGGACGCCACGGCAACAGAGGCCUCACUGCCGCCUAGCAACGGGCUUCACAAGCCACUGUCCCUGGACAACAUCCCCCCACCUUCCUCGUCUUCCAGUAAGGAGGCAGACAUGCACAUGUUAGUGCACGUACAGAAGCAUUUGAGCGCACAGGUGAGCCACAGGCAGUACAUGUUCCUGAUGCGGCUGCAGCGCAGCAUCAAAGCCUUGCAGCACACCCUGCAACAGGACCUGGAGGGGAUGGGCUUCAAACGAGACAAGGCAAAGACCACAUCGGACCCCCCUCCAGACCACCAUCCCUUCAGUGCCUGUGUGGGGAUCCUGCUCAAAAGUGCGGAGAUAGCUCUCCUCUUGAAGCCGGUCCCCCAGCCCGAGGGUCCUGGUUCCCCCCUAGGGUCGGAGUUGUCCCCCUCGGAGAGUAGAUGCACCUUGGAGACUGGGAGUGAUGGAGGGGAGGGGGGGGAUAGAGGAACCCACGUAGAGGGGGCUGGGACGAAGGGAAGCUGUACAGUGGACCAGCUUAUGUGUGGGGUAGAGGGUGGGAUAACGCAAGGCCCCGCCCCUCUCAUCCCCGCCUCUGCCCCCAACCUGAAGGCGUCUUUUGACGAAAGGACAGGGAGAUCGAGUUCAGAGGAGUUGGGAGAGGCUAUCCUGGAGGCCCGGACUGGGGGAGAGGAGCCGGGGACCGGAGUUGAUUGUACAGCCCAGCAGGGUGAGUCCUCCAGGGCAGACCCCACUCUCUCAGACCCACUCUCCACCAAAGACUGGAACGAGAAGAACCCUGGGGCCAGAUUGCCUGAGUCUAUGUCCAGGAAAGGCAGUCUGUCAGUGGUUUCUGACCGGCUCAGCUCCUCAAACACCCGGUCCACCUCCCUUUAUUCUAUUUCCAACAUUGGGCGUCUGAUGAGGGAGCGUUCCCAGUCCAGUUUCUCAGUGUCCUAUAAGAACAUGAAGAAGACUCCGUCUCUGCAGUCCUUGGACAACCUCUCCAUAGACAGCUACCUGAUGGAGGACGGAGACACAGACACAUACAGCCUGCUGGAGAGGGACGACGUGUCCAUCUCAGGCUUUAAGGAUGUGGUGAGGGAGCAGAGUGCCACAGAAAUUGCCAAGGAGGCAGCAGCAGUAGCGGCCAUGGGCACAGGGGAGCAGGACGGUGCUGGCUCACCAGAUACUGUCAGUGCCACCUCCCAGAGCAUCGACGAACCUACCAAAGACAUGGUGUCGGUGCUGGUGCUGAAAGUGCAGUGUGUGUGUGGGGGGAUGGAAGUGCGAGGGGAGAGCACAGCUGUAUCUCUGGAGGUGGGCUGCGUCAGACCCACACAGCUGGGAAACGUCAGCCUCCGACAAUACCUCAGCAACCGCAGCCUCGGUAUGGUACCCACUGCUCAGGGCAGCACUAUUGUACCCCCUGCCCCAGGCAGCGAAGGUGGCGGUCUGGAGGCCAAUACAGACGGGACCACCCAUCUCCCGGAGGUCAGGGCUCGGCUGGAGAGCGGGCCCUGUGCCGCCGCCCACUCCCCCCUGGCCGAGACCAACGGUUUCCUCCAGCUGCGUCUCCACGGCUAUCGGGCCAGCUUCCUCAUGUCGUCGCUAAGGAACCUGGCUCACUUCCUGGAGGAUGACUCCGCCCCCCAGGUCCUCCCAAUGGAGAUCAGCGUCAGGGACACACACAUCGACCUGAAGGAUGAUGGUCUCCGUGACAACCCGUCUGACCCUGAUCCCACCCCCAUCACCCUGCACAUCUCCAGCCUGCUCAUCCACAGGACCGACGAUGGAGCCUUCUCUAUAGGGGUGGAAAAUACGUCUGAGGCGGGGCCUAAGAAAGAAGUCCAAUUGAUUGACAGCGGUCUGUCUCCAGUCUCUGAGAGUGUGGUCAACAGCACUCCCAAGGCCACACAGACCCCCAGCCCUCCUAGCCCUAGCACAACCCCCUCCAACAAAGAACAGCUGCUGAUAGAGGAGAACGAGUGUUUGAAACUGGAGCUCUCCAAAGCCAAGAUGGCUCUAGCUGAGGCCCAAAUGGAGAAGGACUCCCUGUUACACCGCAUGAAGACUCUCAAAGUGAACAGCAGCUAGGGUAGGCCACCAGAGGCCCAGUGACCACCAGUCUGUAGUGCUGCAUAUCACCACAGGGGGGAAGCAGAGAGGAGAGAGGGGGUGCUGGAUACUGCAGCUACUUGAUAUAGCAUCACACAAGUAUUAUUCAAGCAUCAGCCAGGUCAUUCAAGCCUGUUCUGAUGAAGGGCUGGUCGCCUAAGAACUAGACCACACACACACAGUCCAUGAAGUCUACUCCUUAACACACACACACACACACAGUCCCUGAGAACUAGAGUAGGGCUACUUUUUCACUACCACCCUCAUCUCAGGAACUGGAGAGUGGACAGUGUUAGACUUUCAUCCCCUCCUCGAUACAGUGCUGCCGUGUCAUCCCUGGGCUGGGACUAGGACUGCAGUACACAUGCUAGUUUUACAUGAUUGUUGUGCUUGUUUUGAGUUUCUCUCUUUAUGCAGUAAGUUAGUGUUCAGUCUCUCCAGUAAUCCGACUCUGCAAGCCAGAGCAGCCUCCUAAAUAUGGGAGCAUAAGGAGGGAUGAAGGGGAGAGGGGACAAAUCUAAAUUAAACAGCCCUCAAGUGGAAUGGAGGGGCUAGGGAGGGGGGGUGGGAGUCCUGAAUGUUAGGCUUGGGGGAAAAGUUGCCCUCCCUGAAUCGUUACCUUAAAUAGGAGAAACAAUGCAAAAAUGGGCAACUUUAUCAAGCAUCAUAUUUUUGAGGAGCAUAUUCUAUAUGUAAUGACCUUUGAUGGGAGGGGCUUGCCUGGGUGGGGUGAGACACUGAAUGUCAUAACUUUGGAGGAAUGUCUUAAAAAUAGACUUAUUUUGCACUGCGCUGAAACUGAACAUGUCAUUUGGUGCUUAUGGAAAAAAAUGUAUCUAGCGCUGAACCAAUUGUAUUUGGUGUGUGUAUGGUAAUGUACUUAUGAGGGGCAAAGCGUACACAAUGUUUUCUACAGAAUUCUGAAUGGUUGUGCAGUGUGUUUAACAUGUAUUUGUCAUGUAACUAAAACAAGCAUUUCAAUUAAUUGAAAAGGGAAAAUAUACAAUUAUAUAUUUU